AUGUUAGAAACUCAGAUUUCUCUAGUGGCCCAACAACAAGCAACUAAUUCUGUACCUGCUGGAUCGUUUCCUGGUCAACCACAACCUAAUCCUAAAGGAAACGCUAAUGCCAUAACACUACGAAGUGGAACUGAGUUAGAUGGACCAAUCGAUCCAAGGCUUCAGAACCCAACCAUGUAUCAGAAACCUGAUAAAGCGACUGAAAAACCAAGAGAACAACCUGAAACUAAAAAGGAGGAUGAGAAUGAAGAGGCAUCUGAAAAGGAGAAACCUUAUGUGCCUCCCCCACCAUAUAAACCACCGAUUCCAUAUCCUCAAAGACUUGCUAAGUCUAAGAAUGAGGGCCAAUUUAAGAAAUUCGUAGAGCUUCUGAAGCAACUAAAUGUUACCAUUCCUUUCAUAGAAGCUAUUACCCAAAUGCCCUCAUAUGCUAAGUUCCUCAAGGAGAUCUUGUCCAAUAAGAAGAAGAUAGUAGAGAAUGAAACUGUUACGCUAACUGCUGAGUGUAACACUAUAAUUCAAAACAACGUGCCUCCUAAACUAAAAGACCCUGGUAGUAUCUCUAUACCUUGUGUAAUUGGGAAAUUUGUAAUAGACAAAGCCUUAUGUGAUUUAGGAGCCAGUGUUAGUUUAAUGCCUUUAUCCAUUUGUGAAAAACUCAAACUAGGUGAAUUGAGACCGACAAGGAUGUCUUUGCAAUUAGCUGAUCGAUCUGUUAAAUUUCCCGUAGGAAUGCUCGAAAAUGUACCUGUUCGCAUAGGACAAUUCUAUAUCUCACUGACUUCAUCAUAA